CGGGACCCCGCCGCGCCUGAAGCAGCCUCUGCCCCGGCGGGUCACGUUGUGAAAAGAGCCAGUGAGGACUCACACGGCGAAGAAGCACAGCAGCCGGGGAACAAAAUGUACAACGGGGCCACGGGCAAAGCAGCAAGGAAUGUCCUGCGGAGCUCCAGUAUAAGUGGGGAGAUGUACGACGUAGAAAAGAGUAGCACCAGCGGGCAGGAGCCGGGGACGGAUACUGCCAUUAAGAAGAGGAGAUCCAGUCUCGGUGCCAAGAUGGUGGCCAUCGUUGGAUUGUCGCAGUGGAGUAAAAGUACAACUCACCUCAACCAGACCACUCCUAAGAAUAUCUCAGCUGUUCUGUGCCAAGGGAUUGUAGGACACUGGCUGGCGCCCAUGAUUUCUUCACGUGAGGCAGCCACGAAGAAGUUACGGAGCAACAUCCGGAGGAGCACGGAGACGGGGAUCGCUGUGGAAAUGCGAAACCGUGUGACUCGGCAGGGCAGCAGAGAGUCGACGGAUGGCAGCACCAACAGCAACAGCUCAGAUGGCAACUUGGUUUUCCCCACGGCCAGACUAGGAGCAGAUGGGCAGUUCAGUGAGUUUCUGGAUGGCAUUGGUCCGGCUCAGCUGGUGGGACGGCAGACUUUGGCCGCCCCUUCCAUGGGUGACAUCCACAUUGGUAUGGCUGAUCGGAGUGGGCAGCUCGAGGUGGAAAUCAUUCAAGCCAGAGGACUGACUCCAAAGCCUGGCACGAAAGCUCUGCCAGUCCCAUACAUUAAAGUGUAUCUCCUGGAGAAUGGUGUGUGCAUUGCAAAGAGAAAAACCAAGUUAUCAAAGAAGACCCUGGAUCCAGUUUACCAGCAGGCAUUGCUGUUUGAUGAGGGCCCUCAGGGUAGGGUGCUUCAGGUCAUAGUGUGGGGAGAUUAUGGUCGGAUGGACCACAAAUACUUCAUGGGGAUGGCCCAGAUCCUACUGGAGGAGCUCGACCUGUCCACAUUAGUCACAGGCUGGUACAAACUCUUCCCGACUUCAUCUCUCGUGGAUUCCACAGUGACACCCAUCACUCGUCGGCUCUCCCAGUCCUCACUGGACAGCAGCACAGGCCCAGCUGGCCACUAGGUCUUCACUUACAGGACUUGUGCAUAUCAUCGGAAUGCCAAGGGGCAGGCUGUAUAUACUGUAUGUGCAAUUCGACCAAUGCUCGUAUCCGUUAUUGAUUUUACUUUUGUUGACCUUGAAAAUUAUAAGUAAUCUGCAACCUGUGCAUUCAUUUUACAUUUUGGGUAAUUUGCUUUCAUAUGUAUAAGGGAUAAUGUGCAAUAGAGGGAGAACCUUCCACUACAGUUCACGGACAAACCUUUCUUCUCCUGAGGGCAAUGCACACACCGCAACCAACAGUUGGAAUGAGAGUCAAAGGAAGCCAGAAAAUUCAGACAGCACAAUGCAGUAGAUCGAAGAGUGGAUGCUGUCACCCAUUCUUUCCCAAUGCUGUCACAUUUUCUCACCGAGUCACGGACCCAACCAGAGGGAAGAAAAACACAGCCCUCUCUGCUCUCUCCCCCAUGACUACUGUGCAUUUGCUUCAGUUUAAUGCAUCUGGAAUAUGUUAGUAAAGGUUCUCUCUCAGAGAUGGUGGAAGAUGUCAGCAUUUAGGUCACAUGGAGAGUGUGCUGACCCUUCUUACCACAACAGAAUUCCUCCUUGAACCCUGCAUCAACAAGCCCAUGAUCCCAACUAUGCCUUACCGAGUGUCUCUGAGCAUGAGUACCCUCCUAUCGAAUGAGGUUUGAGAAGGCAUGCUGAAUACUUGUACAACCUUUCCAUAGAUAACGUAUCCUUCAGCACCCCGAACCUUGGUAGGCAGCUAUAUUCCACCCUUCCACACUUCCUGCAGGAAGGCACCAGGCACAAGGCACACUACUUAUUCCAUGCACUGAAAUCUCAGUGCAGCAAGCGCUGGCUGGAUUGAGACCUGAAUAGUCCAAGCCAAUCCAGACAUCUCUUCAACUUAACACAUUCCUUCACAUAUCUGAAUUACUGCACC